CUAGAGAGAAAACCAGAGGAAAAGAGACCUUCCGCCAGCGAAUUGGCCCAGUAUCCAUUCGGCCGUGUUCCCAUAAUGUCCGCCAGCGGUCGUCGCUUCUGUCGCAGCCGUUGCCAAAGUUGUCAUUGUCAUCCGUACCAGCAAACGCAGCAGCAAAAGCAGCAGCAGCAGCAGCAGCAGCAACAUCAGGCAGCAGCAGCAGCAGCAACUAGCAACUAGCAGCAGCAACAUCUAUAGGAGAAGCAGAGCCGCAGCAGCAGCAGCAGCUUAAAAAUACAUUUUUCACAAUGAAGCAAACGGAGAUGGUAAAAUGUGUGCCACAGGAAACAACAGGAUGUCAGAGAAAUCCUCAAAGAAUCCAAACUAUAUAGACAACCAGAUGGAAAUAUCUCAAUAAACAUAAACAAACAAAGAAACAAGUAACAAAACCGAGGAAAAGG